CGGCGGCGGCGACGGCGGCGACGGGGCGCGCGUGACGAGGCUUCAGCUGUGGAGAGGCCGAGUCGGGAGUCAGUCAGUCAGUCAGCGAGCGAGCGAGCGAGCAGGCGGGCGGCAAUAGGCAGCGUGUGGGCUGCGCGCAGGCUGUAAGCAUUGGGACAAACUAGGUAGUGACGCAUGCUGGGGUACAAAUCUUUGGGUGUCAUCAUCCAACAGUAUCUUGCUCCAGGUUGCCUUUCUUCAUGUGUGAGUGCAGACGUGAAUGGUAGUGUCUAGAAAGGGUAUGUCCCUUCAGGAGAGAGGUGCCAAUGUCCAACCGGCCUAAUUACAAUACAGGGGGGUCACUGCGACGUUCACAGAGGAACACUGCCGGGGCCCAACCACAAGAAGAAGCAGAAGGAGGAAGGUCACAGUCAGAAGAGAGGAAGGAGGCAAAAACACCUGCAAGUAGGCCAGCUUCCAAAGCUACAAAAUUGCAGGCCGAAGCUGCCACUGGACAGUCCAGGGGACGUGUAUCAAGGAGGAACUCCAGGAGUUGCAGCUCUUCAUCUGUUGCUUCUGUGCCGCAGCAAGAAGAGAGGAUUAGUAGGUCAGAAAGACUAAAAACUGGACAACCUGUUAAAAGAGACAGUUCCAAGAGCAGUUUGAGAGGCUUGAAACGUGGUCCGAGUCCCGACUGUAGCAGCUCCAACUCCACCUGUUCUACAAAACGGCCCAAAGCAGUUCCGUCCUCGGAAAGUCCCACUGAAACACAAAAGAAUAAGGUGCAAGCAAAGACCCCAAAGAAAAGAAAGUCUGUACAGGAUAAGCCAGCAAAAAGUGCACCGACUGCAUCGACGAGCAAGCCCCAGGGCAGGAAACAAAGCGGAUCCAGUGCUGCCUCUCCUUUACAGAAAAGGAAAAAGAUUGAGACAACCACCUCUGCUGUAAACAGUGGUCCUGCAGCUGACUUGAUCAGUGCUGAAGAGAGAUCUGCUAAACCAACCAAGCUGGCUUCAAAAUCAGCGACCUCAGCCAAAGCUGGGUGUAGCACAGUUACUGAUUCUUCCUCCUCUGCCUCUACGUCCUCUUCAUCAUCUGCUGCUGUUUCCGCUGCCGUACCUCAGGGAGCCAGGUUAAAACAAGGUAAAGACCAGAAUAAGGCUCGCCGCUCCCGCUCGGCCUCAAGCCCAAGCCCUCGCAGGAGCAGUCGGGAAAAGGAACAGAAUAAAACUGGUGGCUCCUCCAAGUUUGAUUGGGCUACUCGUUUCAGCCCAAAAGUCAACCUGCCAAAAGCAAAACUGUCACUUCCGGGCUCUUCUAAAUCGGAGACAUCAAAGCCAGGGCCAUCAGGCCUGCAAGCUAAGUUAGCCAGCUUAAGAAGAUCUACCAAGAAACGCAGUGAAUCACCACCAGCAGAGCUCCCCAGCUUGAGGCGGAGCACACGCCAAAAGACCACGGGCUCCUGUGCUAGUACCAGUCGGCGAGGCUCUGGCCUGGGCAAAAGAGGAGCAUCCGAGGCUCGCCGACAGGAGAAGAUGGCAGAUCCUGAUAACAACCAGGACGGAGCAAAUUCUUCUGCACGCACAGAAGAUGCACCUCAAGGAGCAUCAGCUUCUAGUUCUGUUGCUGGGGCUGUGGGGAUGUCAAACUCUGGAGAGAGUGAAUCGGAUGACUCUGAAAUGGGCAGACUACAAGGAAGAAAAACCUGGGUAAACCCAUCAUUAAACAAAGCCUUGUUGGAGGCUCGUGGCCUUCCACCCCAUUUGUUUGGCCCUCUUGGUCCGCGAAUGUCCCAGCUCUUUCAUAGGACAAUUGGAAGUGGAGCAAGUUCCAAGGCCCAGCAGCUCCUGCAGGGCUUGCAGGCCACUGGAGAUGAGAGUCAGCAACUUCAGGCAGUCAUUGAAAUGUGCCAGCUUUUGGUCAUGGGAAAUGAAGAAACCUUGGGAGGAUUUCCAGUCAAGAGUGUUGUUCCAGCUUUGAUAACCUUGUUGCAGAUGGAACACAACUUUGAUAUUAUGAACCAUGCUUGCAGAGCUCUGACUUACAUGAUGGAAGCUCUUCCUAGGUCAUCAGCUGUGGUUGUUGAUGCCAUUCCAGUGUUUCUGGAAAAGCUGCAAGUCAUUCAGUGCAUAGAUGUGGCUGAACAGGCCUUGACUGCUCUGGAGAUGUUAUCACGUAGACACAGUAAAGCUAUUUUGCAAGCUGGAGGAUUGGCUGACUGCUUGCUGUAUUUGGAAUUCUUCAGCAUCAAUGCUCAGCGGAACGCACUGGCUAUAGCAGCAAACUGCUGUCAGAGCAUCACCCCGGAUGAAUUUCACUUUGUUGCUGAUUCACUGCCCCUCUUAACCCAAAGGCUGACCCAUCAGGACAAGAAAUCUGUGGAAAGUACUUGCUUAUGUUUUGCUCGUUUAGUGGACAACUUCCAGCAUGAAGAAAACUUGUUACAGCAGGUGGCAUCCCGGGAUUUACUGACGAACAUUCAGCAGCUUCUGGUGGUCACUCCUCCUAUCCUCAGCUCCGGCAUGUUCAUCAUGGUGGUCCGCAUGUUCUCACUGAUGUGCUCCAACUGUCCUACUCUGGCUGUGCAGCUGAUGAAGCAAAACAUUGCAGAAACACUUCGCUUUUUACUUUGUGGCGCUUCAAGUGGCAGCUGCCAAGAACAAAUUGAUCUUGUACCACGAAGUCCACAAGAGCUUUAUGAGCUUACUUCCCUUAUUUGUGAGCUGAUGCCAUGUCUACCCAAAGAAGGAAUUUUUGCUGUUGAUACUAUGCUAAAGAAGGGAAGUGCUCAAAAUACAGAUGGUGCAAUAUGGCAAUGGCGUGAUGACCGGGGCUUGUGGCAUCCAUAUAACCGAAUUGAUAGUCGGAUAAUUGAGGCAGCCCAUCAAGUGGGUGAGGAUGAGAUAAGCUUGUCAACAUUGGGGCGAGUUUACACUAUUGAUUUUAACUCUAUGCAGCAGAUCAAUGAGGACACUGGGACAGCACGUGCUAUUCAGAGAAAACCAAAUCCAUUGGCCAACUCUACUACUGGUGGUCAUUCUGAAGUCAGGAAAGACGAUGCACGUGCUCAACUGAUGAGGGAGGACCCUGAGCUGGCGAAAUGCUUUAUAAAGACAUUGUUUGGUGUGUUGUACGAAGUGUACAGUUCCUCGGCUGGACCUGCUGUCAGACACAAGUGCCUUAGAGCAAUUCUUAGAAUAAUUUAUUUUGCUGAUGCUGAACUUCUAAAGGAUGUGUUGAAAAAUCAUGCUGUUUCCAGCCACAUUGCUUCAAUGUUAUCAAGUCAAGAUUUCAAGAUAGUUGUCGGAGCUCUACAGAUGGCAGAGAUUUUAAUGCAGAAGUUACCAGACAUAUUCAGUGUUUACUUCAGAAGAGAAGGUGUGAUGCAUCAAGUGAAAAACUUAGCAGAGUCCGAGACUCUCCUUACCAGCCCUCCAAAGGCGGGCAGUAGUGGGGCAGGGGGUCUGAGCACUACAGCCACAAUUACCACACCCACUGCUGCAAGCAAUACAGUUGCAGAUCUGGGUUCCCCCAGCUUCCAAAGUAUGGACGACUCUUUGGACUUAAGUCCACAAGGACGAUUAAGUGAUGUCUUAAAGAGGAAAAGAUUGCCAAAACGUGUAACCAGGAGGACAAAAUAUUCACCUCCAAGAGAUGAUGACAAAGUAGACAAUCAAGCAAAGAGCCCUACAGCCACCCAGUCUCCCAAAUCUUCCUUCCUGGCGAGCUUAAAUCCUAAAACCUGGGGAAGAUUAAGCACACAAACCAACAGCAACAAUGCAGAACCAGCGCGUACGGCCGGGGUUAGUGGCAUUGCUCGGGUUACCCCAAAGGACACUAUGUCCAACAAUAGAGAGAAGAUAAAGGUGUGGAUAAAGGAACAGGCACAUAAAUUUGUGGACCGUUACUUCACCUCGGAGAACGUGGACACGAGCAAUCCUGCACUGAAUGUACUACAGAGACUUUGUACUGCCACUGAACAGCUCAGCUUGCAGGCGGAUGGUGGGAUUGAGUGCCUUUUAGAAAUCCGCACAAUAGUCUCAGAGUCCGACGUGUCGUCCUUCGAAAUCCAGCACAGUGGCUUUGUGAAACAGUUGCUGCUGUAUUUGACUUCAAAAAGCGACAAAGACCUUGUGAGCCGGCGUAUCAGAUUGAGACGGUUUCUUCACGUGUUCUUCGGUUGUCCGCCUCCAGGAGAAGAACCUCUUGGGCGACUGGAACCGCAAGGGAACGGACCUCUGUUGGCACUUGUGCACAAAAUGAACAACUGUCUGAGCCAAAUGGAACAGUUUCCAGUGAAGGUGCACGACUUUCCUAGUGGGAAUGGAACCGGCAGCAGAGGAUCACAGGCCCUGAAAUUCUUCAACACACACCAGUUAAAAUGUCAGCUGCAGAGACAUCCCGACAGCACCAAUGUCAAACAGUGGAAGGGUGGUCCUGUGAAGAUCGAUCCCCUGGCUUUAGUGCAGGCUAUUGAGAGAUAUCUUGUAGUCAGAGGGUAUGGAAGAAUACGUGAAGAAGAUGAAGAUAGUGAUGAUGAUGGUUCGGAUGAUGAGAUUGAUGAGUCACUGGCUGCCCAAUUCUUGAAUUCAGGGAGCGUAAGGCAUAGACUACAGUUUUACAUUGGAGAUCACUUGCUGCCUUACAACAUGACUGUUUACCAAGCUGUCAGGCAGUUCAGUGUUCAAGCUGAUGAGGAAAGGGAGUCGACUGAUGAUGAAAGCAAUCCGUUAGGAAGGGCAGGAAUAUGGACUAAAACUCAUACUAUAUGGUACAAACCUGUUCGAGAGGAUGAAGAAGGAAAUAAGGAUACGGUUGGUGGAAAGCGAGGCCGAGCUCAGACCGCACCGACUAAAACCUCCCCAAGAAAUGCAAGAAAGCAUGAUGAGUUGUGGCAUGAUGGUGUGUGCCCUGCAGUUGGAAAUCCUUUAGAAGGGUAUCUAAUUUCAGUCCCUCCAGAUGGUAUAACAUUUGAAGACCCAUCCCUGGAUGUGAUUCUGCUUUUGAGAGUCCUGCAUGCUAUCAGUCGAUACUGGUAUUACCUGUAUAAUAAUGCAUUCUGCAAAGAGAUUAUUCCAACCAGCGAAUUCAUCAACAGCAAGCUGACUGCUAAAGCUAACCGCCAGCUUCAAGAUCCUCUGGUUAUCAUGACAGGAAAUAUCCCAACAUGGUUGACAGAACUAGGAAGGACUUGCCCGUUUUUCUUCCCCUUUGACACACGACAAAUGCUGUUCUAUGUGACUGCGUUUGAUCGCGAUCGAGCCAUGCAAAGAUUGCUGGACACUAACCCAGAAAUCAACCAGUCCGAUUCCCAGGAGAGUAGGGUUGCACCCCGCCUGGAUAGGAAAAAGCGUACUGUGAACAGGGACGAGCUGCUGAAGCAAGCCGAAUCAGUUAUGCAGGAUUUAGGCAGCUCAAGAGCAAUGCUGGAGAUCCAGUAUGAAAAUGAAGUUGGGACGGGGCUGGGUCCAACAUUGGAGUUCUAUGCACUUGUAUCUCAGGAACUGCAGAGAGCUGAUCUGGGACUCUGGCGUGGAGACGAGGUCACUCUGUCACAUCCUAAAGGCAGCCAAGAAGGGACCAAGUACAUCCACAAUCCACGAGGCCUCUUCCCUGUGCCUUUCGGAAGGAAUACAAAACCAGCAUACGUGGCUAAAGUCAAAAUGAAGUUGCGGUUUCUGGGGAAGUUCUUGGCCAAAGCUAUCAUGGAUUUCCGUUUGCUGGACUUGCCACUCAGCCUGUCAUUUUACAAAUGGAUGUUACGGCAAGAAACUUCACUCUGCUCCCACGACCUCUUCAACAUCGAUCCAGUCGUUGCAAAAUCAGUUUGUCAUCUUGAGGAUAUCACAAAGCAGAAAAGUAAACUGGAGCAGGACAGGUCUCAGAGCAAAGAAUGUCUUCAGCAGGCCCUGGAAAGCCUGAACAUGAAUGGCUGCUCUGUGGAGGACUUGGGACUGGACUUCACGCUGCCUGGACACCCUAACAUUGAACUAAAAAAAGGGGGCAAGGACACAAGUGUCACCAUUCACAAUCUGGAGGAGUAUCUGAGGUUGGUAGUGUACUGGACCUUAAAUGAAGGCGUUUCCAAGCAGUUUGACUCUUUCCGAGAUGGCUUUGAGUCUGUUUUCCCACUCCAUCACUUGCAGUAUUUUUACCCUGAAGAGUUGGAUCAGUUACUCUGUGGCAGCAAGUCGGAGGCUUGGGAUGUGAAGACUUUAAUGGAGUGUUGCAGACCAGAUCAUGGAUAUAAUCAUGACAGUCGUGCUGUUAAAUUUCUGUUUGAAAUACUCAGCAGUUUUGAUGGUGAACAACAGAGACUGUUUCUUCAAUUUGUUACCGGUAGCCCCCGACUCCCCGUUGGAGGGUUUCGGAGCCUGAACCCUCCACUGACCAUCGUUCGCAAGACCUUUGAAUCCACAGAAAAUCCUGAUGAUUUUUUGCCCUCAGUAAUGACCUGUGUUAAUUAUCUCAAGUUGCCAGAUUACUCCAGUAUCGAUAUAAUGCGUGAAAAACUUUUAAUAGCUGCUAGAGAAGGGCAGCAGUCGUUCCAUCUCUCCUGAUCACAGCGUCUGAAUCUUCAAGCUGCCUGUUACAACAACAAAUGACAAAAAAAUCAUGAUUUAUUUUCUAAGUGUAUCACUGCAUCAAGGCAAUGUGUACAGCGUACUUGUAGAAAUGGCUUGGUAUGCUGCAGAUCUUCAACGAAAAGACUUGGAUGGUAUAUUUAUUAAAAAUAGCCCCUACGGACUGAGAGAAAUUGAAAAAAAAGACCCCCCCCAAAGUUAAUGCAAGAUUUAAACAAAAAUAAAUUCUUAAACAAGUUCUUGUUAAUUUAACCAUUAUUUGAUGGGUGCAGUUUUUAAAUUGCUUUUUUCUGUGUGGUAUUCAAACAAAAAAAGAGAGAAAGAAAGGGAUGUUUUUCUUCGAAGAUGAUGGAACAAUAAAAUGUCACUGUGCAGUUUGAUAUCGGUGUGUGUAUCCAUCUGGAGCCUGCAUAUCUGGUGGUUUUGGUUCCAAAGAUUAAUAUGUACAAACAUGCAAAAAUUAAUUAAGUCACUCAUACCUUGCAUAAAAUAAUUUAAGCUCUGCUUAGUGUUACUUGCCUGUUUUCCUCCCAUCUUCUCUCCCCAUCCCUGCCCUGUCUUCCCCAUUCACUUUGUCCUUUAUGUUUAAUUCAUCUGCACUUGUGUGAUGUAACUUGGGUCCUGCUUUUCUGUGAUAUUUUCUAACCCUGCGAUCCAACAAAAAAGAUUGAGCUACAGGCUUAAACACGUUUCAAAGUUUUGGUUGACCUGUUUUGGCCUAAAGGGUGUCAUAGCAUAAUUGCAUCGCUGUCUCUUAACUCUCACAUCUAGUAAUCUCAGUACUGAAGUACUUUGCCAGUAGUUAUGUUGCAAAUAGGACGUUUGGCAGAAGCCCCAAUCACACACUAGAUUUGUUUACAGAAUGAUUUCAGGCAACUGAAUUUUCAGCAUUACUGAGCUGAAAUAUCCCCUUUUUUUUAAUUCUGUAGUUUAAACAAUUAUCGGGCUGGUUAGUCUUUGUUAUUUAAGGGACAGGUAGCAUUUCAAGUUGGUGUAAAACUUAAAAAACAAAAAACAAAAAAGGUUCCACUUGCUGUUACAGUGGGAUGGUUGCUUUACCUUGUUUAAUUUACCGUGUUGUAGUUCACUUAAUUGUUUUUGCACUGCUAGCUUUGAACAAAAUAGUUGAGCUCUCUAAAAGUUUGAUGAGGAUAGUGCACUUGUAGGCACUGCUCUGUCCAACUGUUCAUGUGCUGGUUUCUCAAAUCUGCAAUAAUAACUUUCAUCAGGUUAAUGUUUUUACCUGAACAUAAAUAAAUAAACUGUUUGACUCACGCUUUUUGUAUAAUUAUUUUGUAUUCAGCAAUCAAUCAAACCUUUCUGAUUCAGGGAUAGUGCCAUAAGUGUCUUUUAAAGAGAAAUAAAUCAUUUUAAACUAGUCCCAGUUACUUGCUGUGAGGAAACAGGCAGAAAUAGUUUUGUUGGAUGCAGUUGCAAUGUUCCGAGGCAUGGCACGGUUGUCAGCCCUCGCUAAAAAUUCCAGUGUUUCAAAGUCUGAUUGACAUUUUGAGUGGUGAUACCUGAGGCACUUGGCUGGAAGGAGAUGGUGAGUUGGAUGUAAAUUAUUGUGCUUGUAGUUGAAUUAGAUCACUGAAGCUUUCUUGGGUUUAUUGCUGUGCCUGUGAACCUUCAGCUCCUCCUCACUGCCUCAGCAUCUUCUCCCAGACACUCAGUAUUCACAGUUCAAAGUAAUUUUUUUAGUUUUAAAAAAAAGGCUCUAGGGGAAUUUUGCAAGGGGAAUAUUCUGACAAAGUACUCCCAGUGUAAAGUGCUCUUUUUUUCCAUGUAUCCCUCCCCUUUUUUUUCCCCACAAGAAAAUAUGUGGUUAGCUGUGUCUGCUCUGUGAGAGAAUUCUGAAAUCCAUAAGGAGCUUUUUGAAGACCUGACUGGUCGUCUGAUUAGAAAAGAAUGUCUUGGUUGAAUGUAGGAGCAGGUCUUUGGCUAACUCUUGACUCCGCAAUAUUGAGCCACUGACUUGCAUUCAAGUCCUAUAAUUGAGAAAGAUCCUGAUCCCUGCUAGUAUUGGCGCAGGUGAACGGUUUUGGUUCCAUUGGUGGGACGUCUGAUCUGAUAUUUUCCUACUUGCAGACUUGUGCAACAAGCUCUAUUUCCUCCUGAGAACAGAUGAGUACUUUAUGCUGAAACUCUUCUUUUCCCCUUCCAUAACUCUUCCCCCACCCCCACCUGAGACAUCAUUUCCCUUUAAUCUGUAGCUGUUUCUUUUUAAAAAGAAAGGGUACUAAUUGUGUUUCAAAUGCAAGGGUUUAAGAAUUGUAUUAAACUCCAAAUUCAAACUGGCUUAGAACUUGUAUACUAUAUAUAACCAAGCAACCUUUUUCGUACGCUUGUUGCAGUGUCCAUCCAUUUUGUACAAUAUCACUUGGUUGUGUGCUUGUAGAAAUAUUAGUGAAACAUCAUUUUGCUGACUUCAACCAGUUACAUAAUUUGUUGCUUUCUCCCUAUAAUUUUGCCUGUGUCUUUUCGUUUGCCUGCAUAUCUGGUUGGUUUUGUGUUACUUUGCAAACAUUAAAGAGAGUUUUAAACAUG